UCGUUGAAUAAUCAUCAUUAUCAACCCAUAUUCGGCUCACUGCUGAGCUCGAGUCACCUCUCAGAAUGAGAGGGGUUACGGCAAUAGUCCACCACGCUGACCCAAUGCGGAUUGGCAGACUUCACACACGCAGAGAAUUAAGAAAAUUCUCUGGUAUGCAGGUUUCCUCACAAUGUUCUCCUUCACCGUUUGAGACACGUGAUAUAUAAUUUCUUAAAAUGCACACAACUAAUACAACGUGGGAAUAUGCCCGAUUAGUUUCAAACAAAUACAGGGCCCUCAGUCAUGAGCUGGUUUUAGCAACGUGGCAUGAGUUUUAAUCUUGUUUCAUAAUCCGUUAUAUAUAAUAAUAAUUGUUAAAUUAAUUCUAUAUGAGGCUUUUAAAUUAUUUAAAAUUUCCUUUUUAGGAGGGCAAAAUCUUGUAAGAUGUUCGCGAGCAAAUGAAAUACACUCAGUUUGGACUCCGAUGUACAAAUGUCUGGUGUGUGUCUGUGUUAGAGAGGGUUGGGGUUUGAGUCCCGUCUGUGUCAAUUGCAACAGCUGUACACAACCAGCAAGGGAACCAGCGGAUAAUUCAGUGGUUAUAGUCCCACCACCACCGCCUCCAAUAAUUCCUGAAUCACCCCCAAUAAUGCCAGGAUCACAAGUAUCUUGCUCGCCGUUACCAACUAACACGCCUUUCGAAAAUCCACUCAACCCUUGUCAAACGUGUGUAUGUACGACAAUCAUCAACUCAUUCGGCCAAGAAGAUGUGCAAAUCAAAUGCGAGGAGAAUCCAAGUUGCGUUACCCCGCCGGAAUUCAUUCCGAUACCCCCUCUACCCGUACCACCAAGGCCUGUACCGAUGCCACUCUGCGAAAAUCUACCUCUCAACGUCCAGUUCCCUCAUCCGACGGAGCGAUGUAUGCUAUGCAAGUGCGUGAUAGAAACAAACGCAUGGGUUCCAGAGAAGAAGAUGGCAUGUCAGCCGGAUCCGGCUUGUGAAAGGUAUCCCUUACCACCAACGCCGGAAUAUCCGAUGAUACCGGAAACUCCCAUAGUACCGGAAUAUCCAACAAUUCCGGAAUAUCCCAUAAUACCAACACCACCCCCGACACCGCCUGCACCAUUGCCGCCAAUAAUUCCAGAUAACACUCCAGGUCCAACGGACAUUGAACCAAUUCCCUGGCCGCCAAUAGUACAGCCUGUGCCAAAACCGCCAAGCCCUCUCCCUGGACCGCCACCGCAUGAUACCUGCAGACCGUACCCACCAAAUACACCCUUCCAGCACCCAUGGGACGACUGCCAAAUCUGUAUUUGCAGCGAAAUAUACGCCAACAACAUCGUCAACAUCGAAGUCAAUUGUUACACGAAAAAGUCAUGCUGUAUCGAGCCUCCAAUACCUGAACCACCUUUACUUCUGCCUCAUAAACCAUCACACCCGCCUAAUAUGUUUGGACCUCCUCCAUUGUAUAGCGACCUUGUAUUUCUUGAACAAACAUGCCGGUUCAGAGCUCCCAAUCAACCAUAUGUCGACAAUUGCAACAUCUGUACUUGUGAAGUAGAGUACCAAUACGUAUAUGCGAAGUGCAUUCCACAACCCAAUUGUCGUCCAAGGUUCGAUAGCAACGCUGGUGCAAUGGCCAUUGCUCAAGCUAAUCAGCAAUCAGGAAUAGCAAAUGCACUACAGGGAUACCAAUCUGCUUCAUCUGCCUCCCAAGCGUUAGCCCAGGCCAGUGGAUCAGGGCUGUCUUUCCCAAAUUCUUUAUCUAAUACUGCUGCAGGUUACAAUCAAGGCAAUAACCAAUACCCUUAUUUUAUAAGAGAAUCUCCAUCCAGCUCAGCUGAGGCGUUGGCAAAUAGUCAAACAGGGAGUACAAAUAUAUCUCCGUAUGGCAACUAUCCAUAUUUACCUGGAAGCGGACUGUCUAAUGCACAAGCCAAUGCCUUAGCGAAUGCUCAAACAUCUCUGUCAUCUCCAUAUGGCAAUUAUCCAUACACCUCAAGUGGUACUUCUAGUGCACAAGCUCAAUCACAAACUAUGGCUGAGUCCAGUAAUUUACUUCCUGGAAUGUACGGUGGAGGACAAUCAACUGCGCCGUCCCAAGCUGAAGCUUUAGCCCAAUCUGGUAGAGGUUAUGGACUCUAUCCUUAUUUGCCAGGUAGUCAAUCUAAUACCCAAUCUCAGGCCGAAGCUAUAGCCAAUGCCCAAUCCCAAUUUUCUCCAUAUGGUACAUAUCCUUUUCUCGGAAGUAAUCAAGCACAAUCCCAAGCUGAAGCAAUAGCCCAGUCCAAUAGUUUACCUUCGUUUGGAAUGUAUGGUCAAGGAGGACAAUCUAGUGCGAUGUCUCAAGCUGAUGCACUAGCUCAAUCUAGUGCUAUGUCACAAGAUGCAUUAGCUCAAUCUGGUGGAGGUUAUGGACUUUAUCCUUAUUUGCCAGGUAGCCAAUCCAAUGCCCAAGCUCAGGCCGAAGCUAUAGCCAAUGCACAGUCUCAAUCUUCUCCAUAUGCCACAUACACUUUGCCUGGGAAUAGUCAAGCUAGUGCACAAGCAGAUGCAAUAGCUGCUUCUCAAUUGUAUCCAUCAAUAUACCCGUAUCCAACUGAUAAUGUAGAACCACUAUAUCAGCCUGGAAGCAACGCAUGGGAUUCUUCAGCACAAGCGCAGGCGAAUGCUCAGUCAUCAUCAUUUGGAAAUCCAAAUGCUCAGUCGUUAUACCCAUAUCCAGGCAAUAAUCUAGGCAACGCUUGGGAUUCUUCAGCACAAGCGCAGGCAAAUGCUCAGGCAUCAUCAUUUGGAAAUCCAAAUGCUCAGUCGUUAUACCCAUAUCCAGGCAAUAAUCUAGGCAACGCUUGGGAUUAUUCAGCACAAGCGCAAGCAAAUGCUCAGGCAUCAUCAUUUGGAAAUCAAAAUGCUCAGUCGUUAUACCCAUAUCCAGGCAAUAAUUUAGGCAACGCUUGGGAUUCUUCAGCACAGUCUCAAGCAUCAUCAUUUGGAAAUGCUAUGGCUCAAUCACAAGCAUUAGCACAAGGCGGCGCAAGUGCUCAAAGCAUAGCGCAAGCCGCGGCGAUGUCUGGGAGACCUUUAAUAAAAUCGGGAAAAGGGUUAUGCAAGUACAACGGUGACAAAUACCACCACAACUGCCAAGCGUGCUCCUGUUUCGCAGAGGACGACGGAAAGCUAUACUCCCUCUGUCUGGGCAACCCUUGCGCGUAGGAAUACAAGGUCGCGAAGAUGAAGAUUCCU